AUGCGCGGUGAGAACCGGCCCCUCAACGCGGGGCCCCAGCGCGGCCGAGAGACUCAGGGCAAGUCCGCUUCCGCCCCCAGCCCACAUGGCCGCGGCCGCCCGCGCCAGUACCCAGCGUGCGCCCCGCACGGCCAGGAUCCGGUGGGGCCCCAGAUCCCCCGGAGGAGAGAGGGGGCGGCGGCGCUUCAGACUGUGGGGAGGAGGAAGCGCGGCCGGCGCGACCGCGGGGGAGCGGUUGUGCGAUCAGAUCGAUCUAAGAUGGCGACUGUGGAACCGGAAACCACCCCUACUCCUAAUCCCCCACCUACAGAAGAAGAGAAAACAGAAUCUAAUCAGGAGGUUGCUAACCCAGAGCACUAUAUUAAACAUCCUUUACAGAACAGAUGGGCACUCUGGUUUUUUAAAAAUGAUAAAAGCAAAACUUGGCAAGCAAACCUUCGGCUGAUCUCUAAGUUUGAUACUGUUGAAGACUUUUGGGCUCUGUACAACCAUAUCCAGUUGUCUAGUAAUUUAAUGCCUGGCUGUGACUACUCACUUUUUAAGGAUGGUAUUGAGCCUAUGUGGGAAGAUGAGAAAAACAAACGAGGAGGACGAUGGCUCAUUACAUUGAACAAACAGCAGAGACGAAGUGACCUCGAUCGCUUUUGGCUAGAGACACUGCUGUGCCUUAUUGGAGAGUCUUUUGAUGACUACAGUGAUGAUGUAUGUGGAGCUGUGGUUAAUGUUAGAGCUAAAGGUGAUAAAAUAGCAAUAUGGACUACUGAAUGUGAAAACAGAGAAGCAGUUACACAUAUAGGGAGGGUAUACAAGGAAAGGUUAGGACUUCCUCCAAAGAUAGUGAUUGGUUAUCAGUCCCAUGCAGACACAGCUACUAAGAGCGGCUCCACCACUAAAAAUAGGUUUGUUGUUUAAGAAGACACCUUCUGAGUAUUCUCAUAGGAGACUGCGUCAAGCAAUCGAGAUUUGGGAGCUGAACCAAAGCCUCUUCAAAAGCAGAGUGGACUGCAUUUAAAUUUGAUUUCCAUCUAAAUGUUGCUAAGAUAUAAGAGAAGUCUCAUUCGCCUUUGUCUUGUACUUCUGUGUUCAUAUAUUUUUUUUUUCUUAAUUUUGGCUAGAGUGUCCACUAUCCCAAUCAAAGAAUUACAGUACACAUUGUCCCCAGAAUCCAUAAAUGUGUUCCUGGCUCACUCUGUAAUAGCUUAAAAGAAUUAACGAUUACAAACACAUUUGACCCAUCUACAAUAUUAAAGAAAAGAAUUUGCAUUUCUAUACCUUACAAGAGAACGAUUCUGUUUAUGUUCCAUUGUAUGCAGGAGCAUAUUUUGCUGGUUUGAAAGAGUAUGAUGCAUACAGUUUUCUAACAAUUUUCUUUGUUUCUUUUUACAGCAUUGUCUGUGCUGUACUCUUGCUGAUGGCUGCUAGAUUUUAAUUUAUUUGUUUCCCUACUUGAUAACAUUAGUGAUUCUGAUUUCAGUUUUUCAUUUGUUUUGCUUUUGUUUUUUUCCUCAUGUAACAUUGGUGAAGGAUCCAGGAAUAUGACACAAAGGUGGAAUAAACAUUAAUUUUGUGCAUUCUUUGGUAAUUUUUUUGUUUUUUUGUAACUACAAAGCUUUGCUACAAAUUUAUGCAUUUCAUUCAAAUCAGUGAUCUAUGUUUGUGUGAUUUCCUAAACAUAAUUGUGGAUUAUAAAAAAUGUAACAUCAUAAUUACAUUCCUAAUUAGAAUUAGUAUGUCUGUUUUUGUAUCUUUAUGCUGUAUUUUAACACUUUGUUAUACUUAGGUUAUUUUGCUUUGGUUAAAAAAUGGCUCAAGUAGAAAAGCGGUCCCAUUCAUAUUAAGACAGUGUACAAAACUGUAAAUAAAAUGUGUACAGUGAAUUGUCUUUUAGACAA